AUGGCCAAUGGACGCCUUCUUUCGGUAGACCACUUCUACGGACCACCCGCCCGACUGCGUAUUUGCACCAACAAUGCAUGUGACAUGAUUACGGCUGACGAAUGUGCCGGGUUCAGCGAAUCGUCUGUCUCUCUGAGGCAGUCGUGCAUGCACACGCAACCCGACACGCAACCCGACACGCUAGCUCGACAUGUCAGCACCGCCUGUGCUCACUGUCGACGCCAGGCCGAUUGCCGCCGUAACGGCGACGAGCUCGGUCGCUGA